AUGAAGAACCAUUCUGCAAUUCAAGAGUUCAUUUUGGUAGGACUUUCCAGUUCUCCUGAAUAUAACAUGUUUAUCUUUGGGGCCUUUUCCUCCCUUUAUGCAGCUGCUCUGGUAGGCAACAUCCUCAUCAUCCUUGCCAUCAGCCUCUGUAGCAAACUACACACCCCCAUGUAUUUCCUGUUGAUCAACUUGUCCGUAAUAAACGUGUGUUCUAUCUCCACUACCAUUCCCAAAAUGCUACAGAGUAUUUUGGCUCAAAGAAAGACCAUCCCGUUUUCAGGCUGCAUUGUGCAGGUGUAUCUUUUCACUUGGGCCCUGGGGACUGAGCUUCUUCUUCUUGCCUUCAUGGCUUUUGACCGUUAUGCAGCUAUCUGCCAGCCUUUGCAUUACGCAGUCAUCAUGAGGAAAGAUGUCUGCACUGGAGUCAUGACUGCACUCUGGCUUUUUGGGGCAAUAAAUUCUUCAGUUCACACUGGGCUUGUACUCCAGCUGGAUUUCUGUGACUCUAACAUUAUCAAUCACUUCUUCUGCGAGCUGCCCCCAAUGCUCAAGAUUUCCUGCUCAGACACCAGUUUGAAUGAAAUCAUGGUGUUUGCAGCUUCCGUCAUCAUUGCAAUGGGUAGCUGUGGGUUGACUUUGACUUCCUAUUGGUUUAUCUUGAGAGCUAUUGUCAAAAUACGUUCUACUGAAGGGAAGAAGAAAGCCUUCUCAACAUGCUCUUCGCAUCUCUUGGUUGUCACUUUUUACUACUCCACCAUCAUCUAUACUUUUCUUCGGCCUGCCUCAGCCUAUUCCCUUGAAGAAGACAAAGUGAUAGCUAUCCUUUACUCUGUAGUUACCCCCAUCCUUAACCCACUUAUAUAUUCUUUAAGAAAUACUGAUGUGAAAGAGGCUCUCACCAAGCUGAUAAGCAAAUGUUGGAACUUCAAGAACAGUUAA